ACAAGUUUAAAAGCAUCAAAAGGAAAAACUGUGAGCAAAAAAAAGAAGAAGAAAGAGAAACACUUGAGGUUUCGGGUCUUGUCUGUUUCUCUCGUCUUCCUCUGACUGAAAUCGAGAUAUUGAGGAGUACUGUCUCUAAUUCCAGACGCUUCUGGAUUUUCUCUCUUCUCCAGUUCUCCCCUCUUUGUGUUGUUCUUCCGAUUAUGGUCUGAUCUUCUGAGGAGAAGAAGAAGAAGAGAGAGAGAGAGAGUUGAGUCCACGCGGUUUCUUGAUCUCCCCAUUUUCCCGACCGUCGAUUGGACUGCCCAUUUAGAUCUUACCGUCCAUCGGCUAGAGGGUAACUGUCAUUUCCCCGGCGAUAGGACUUCCUCUCCAGGAGGAGUGCGAUUCUAGGGUUAGGGUUUCUUCUACGUUUCGCUUGAUCGCUUAUCGAGUCGGUUUUGGGGUUGGGACGUUCAUGCGGUGACGGAGAGUGUGGAGCUGUCCUGUUGGAUCUUUCCCCCUUCAUCUGAGGCAGGGGAGUUUGGGGUUUGAGAUGUUUGGUGAUCAGUUUAGCAAUCCGGUGCCCGCUGCCAAGAGGCAGCAGCAGUUGCAGAGGAGCAGGAGCAGUGGCGGCCAUCCUGUGAGGUCGAAGUCGGUGUCUGGCACCAGAGUUCCGGAGAGCCGGGACGAAUCGAAGGUUCCCGGGAAGCAAGUGAUGGAUGAGGACUCGGAUGUCUGCUCUCCUUCCGUGGACUUCCAUUCUGGAAACUUGGACCGGUUUCUUCAGGCCACGACGCCGAGCGUUCCCGCGCAGUACUUCCCUAAGACUGCUAUGCGGGGAAGGGGGAAUGCUGAUGAAUUCCAUCCUUUCUUCAUGCUUGGCGAUCUAUGGGAGUCCUUUAAGGAAUGGAGCGCAUAUGGAGCCGGUGUGCCGUUAGUGUUGAACGGAAGUGACUCCGUUGUACAGUAUUACGUUCCUUAUCUGUCAGCUAUCCAACUCUAUGCAGAUUCUACAAGUUGCUCCCAGUCGAAGCCUAGGCGACCUGGUGAGGAGAGUGAUAGAGAAUCUUACCGGGAUACAAGUAGUGAUGCCAGUUCUGAUCUUGAUUUUGGUAAGAGCAUGAAGAGUUCAAACAAUGGGGCAUGGAGCUGGCAUUCAUCAUAUGAAAUUAACACGCCUAGGAUGGAAAGAGAUUAUGCAAGGGAAAAGUCAUCAAUAAGUCAAGGAGGUUUUUCAAGUGAUGAUGGCGAUGCAUCUAACAACUCUUGUGAUUGUCUCAUGUUUGAGUUUUUUGAACAGAAUCCUCCUUACAAUAGGCAGCCCCUUACAGACAAGAUUCUGGAACUUGCAAAUCAGUUUCCUAAGCUUAACACAUUGAGGAGCUGUGAUUUGUUGCCAGCAAGUUGGAUUUCUGUUGCAUGGUAUCCAAUAUACAGGAUACCAAUGGGUCCAACACUUCAGGAUUUGGAUGCUUGCUUUUUAACUUUCCAUUCUCUUUCUACACCUUUUAAAGGCGCAGCAAGUGACCUUGCACAAAUGGGAAGCAUCCAUCCUACCAUUUCUGGUUCAGGUUCUGAUGUGUCACCAAUGUUAUCACUUCCUAUAUUUGGUCUAGCCUCCUACAAAUUUAAAAGUUCUGUGUGGACACCUACUGGAGCUUACGAACGCCAGCAGGCCAGCUCAUUGCUGCAGGCGGCAGAUAACUGGUUAAGACUUCGCCAAGUCAGUCAUCCUGACUUCCUUUUCUUUGUCUCCCGUGGUGGUGCUUACCGGAGAUAAGGGGUAAAAGGCAUGUGGCUGUGGGGAUUUUGAAUAUGGGAGCGAUGGUAACUAUUUGCUUUAGGGUUUUGUUCCUGGCGUCAGCUUGGUGCCUGUCUAGUUGCUUGCACUGCGGAAGUUUAAGAACUCCAAAGUUUCUGUAAAGAAAAAGGAUGUGCUAUCGUUACGCCAGCAACUCGCACUUGAGCAUAGAGAAGGGCGAGGAAAUCAUACUUUUGUGUUUUAUAUUUAAAUGGACCGACGAAUCAGCACGCAAUGUUUUACAGCUGCAGGCCCCAUCACGUACCUGGAGAGAUUGGGUUUGUUUUGCUUCUUGUGGGUUGUAUUGAUGGAAGGUUUGGUGCAUGUAUCAUGUUUUCCCCGACGCUGUUGUUGCGUUGCACCCUUAACAAAGUGACUUAGGUAAACAGUAUUCUAUGGUAAUGAGAAGGAUCGUAACUCGAGCAAAAUAAUUGUCUACAUAAAGGUUUUAUAAUGUUGGUAA